GGCCUAAGACAUCAUGACAACAAGUCUCCUCUCGAGCAGGGUAUUCUCGAAAGAUUUCUAUGUAUUCGACCCGUAGUCGACCCCUGUCUCGAAUCAACAAUGACUUCGGUUUCAUGAUUCGAGAGCUUCUUCUAGUGAUACAUUUUUGGCAUUGUUCUCAUGAUAUACGGGCCUAGAAAGCUUGUUAGACCGUCAAAUACUUAAUACCUAUGGUUUCCCCGAGGAUGCCAACAUAGCAUUACCAUCGCCCCAUGCACACAGAUUCAGUUUCCAUCAUCUUUCAAGAAUCCAGCAAAAAAUGGCUACUGUACCUAAUGAAAUUCCACGCCACCGCGAACUCAGCUACAAUGGCAACCGCAGAUCUUUAACAAUCUACUACGACUAUAGCCUGGGUCACAUGGAAAGUGAGGGAGAAACCUUGGAGUAUACGUUAGCUCAGUAUGCCGACUUCACCGAGAAGGUUAUCGUCAGAAUCCAAUUCCCUGAAGCACAGAGUAGGUUCCGCUGCAAUAUUCCAACUUUCGGAAUCACACAUACCGUUGACUAUGGUCCUCUUAAUCGGGCUGAAAACAUGCAGCGUAUUGCAGAUGUUGUUCGAGUUCUCAAAGUGUUCCGUCAGUUGACAGCUCUAGAAGUGAUUUUGAGCCUCGACACCGAAGACUUUCAGCAAAUCACUUGUGUUGCUCCGUUUCUUGAACUGCGUGGUCUUCGUCAGUGGAGUAUGAGGUACGAAUGUGGUCGACGUGGAAAUUGGAUCUCUAUCAGUCCUGAUUCACCACUUUACACUCGACUCGAAGGUCUCAAUGAUAAUGGAAUGUUUGAUUGAUCUAGAAUUGUCUACGACGGUUUUUGUGGCAAAUAUAUCAAGGUUCUACUGCA